AAUUUUCAUUGUUGAAACUGUAUGAAGAAUUGCACUAUUUCAGGGGAUAUUUGGGAUGGAGUCUUAAGAAAUGCAAAUGAGGCCAGAGUCGGGCAAUCAUAUAUGGAGGAGGUUGUGGAACCAUUUCUAUCAGAAAUAACUGGAGGAACUACUGAUACUGAACAUCUAAAUGGACCUAGUUGUGUAACAGGAUGAGAAAGGGAGAGCUAGAGGGACAUAACUGGGAUCACGGUGCCAGGACUUUCUCUAGACGUGACUGAGAUGGUGCUAAUGUAUCACAAUAACUGUGCAUAGAUUAUAUUACAGCAGAGAUGGCAAACCAUCUCAGAUGGUCUCAGAGGUUACCUGCAGGGAUUAAACCAUUUCUCUUAUACCUCUAUGAAUGGGUCCCCACUAUGCUUUGUCCCUAUAUUUGAUCAUGCAUAUAACCAAAAUAUUAGCUAUGUCUACAUUGAUGGCUUGUUCUAGGGUGAAAUAUUAAAAUUAAUAAAAAUCGUAACUCCAUUACUGGCUUAGAAAAAUGUACCCAGUGGAAAAUUACUUUACCAUCUUUUGAUGCCGCAUUCCUAUCUAUUCUUAAACUAGAAAGUCUAAGGCAGGAGACAUUUGGCAAUUUGGUCAUUCUGUCUUUCAGGAUUGAUAUGUACACAGAGGGUGUGGCAGACUUGGGUGAAAUGAUCCUGCUUUGGCCCCUGUGCCCACCUGAUCAAAAAAAUGCCAAGUUGACCCUGAUCCGAGAAAGGACAACAAACCGUUAUCUCCCUGCAUUUGAAAAAGUGCUGAAGAGCCACGGACAAGACUACCUGGUGGGCAACAAGCUGAGCAAGGCUGACAUCCACCUGGUUGAACUGCUCUACUAUGUGGAAGAGCUGGACUCCAGCCUUUUGGCCAACUUCCCUCUGCUGAAGGGCCUGAAAACCAGAGUCAGCAAUCUCCCGGCCGUGAAGAAGUUUCUGCAGCCUGGCAGCCAGAGGAAGCCUCCAGGGACUGAGAAAACUCUUGAACAAGCCAGAAAGAUUUUCAAGUUUUAAUAAAGCCAGUGGGGCCACCCAGAACAUUGAGGACCAAACUUAUGAAACUUCUGGCAAUGAAGUUUUUAUCUAGGCGUAGACCAUGAGUAUUGUGAGACUAAUAAACUAUUCCAAAGUUUUAGUGGCCAGUAAAUAAUAAAGCUCCAAUGAGCAGAUUUAGUUGCUCUUUUCCUUUAGAAUCAAAUAUAAAAUCAGAUUUUCCAUCUCUUUCUAGCACAUCUCUUUUUCGGAAUUAAAAAUUAAAUACAAAAGGGAAAUAUA